GACUCUCAUUACUCGGCAAUACAGAGCAACCUUUCAGGGGAGUUGCACGUGUGCUUUUGUUCAUACCGUAAUUAGAAUAGGGUCCAACAAAAUGAAAUUUUUAAUUAUAUUCAGUGCCGCUGUAUGUUUUGUUGCUGGUCAGGAUUUCGACUGCCCAGACAAGAAUGGCUUCUACGCGGAUCCAUACCAGUGUGACCUUUAUUAUAAAUGCACCAAAGGCAAGGCAGAAACUAGGCUGUGUCCAGAUGGACUAGUAUUCGCUGACGAAAACCCAAACAAGGAACUAUGUGACAUCCCAUCAAACGUUGACUGCGGAGAUAGAAAAGAGCUGCAGGAACCAAAACCAAGCAAGGGCUGUCCUAGACAAAAUGGUUACUUCAGGCAUCCUGAUCCCCAGGCUUGUGACAAAUUCUACUUCUGCUCAGACGGAGUGCCAAACGAGCACCCUUGCCCUCCUGGCCUCUUCUUUGAUGAAGAAACCUCAAACUGUGAUUGGAAAGACUCCGUGCCACGACAGUGCGAUAAAGUCACUAAGGAUGUUCUCGACGACGGUUUUUCAUGCCCUGAUGGUGAAGUACAAGGACCCAACGGCAGGGCCCUACCCCACCCCACUUUCCCUCACCCAGAAGACUGCCAGAAGUUCUACAUUUGUCGUAACGGCGUCCAGCCCCAGAAAGGCAGCUGCCCGUCCGGUAAAGUCUACAACGAAGAUACUUUCAUGUGUGACGACGCAGAAAAGGUGGCUGGAUGUGAAAACUACUUUGAAGGCCAGUCACAGGACAAGAACAAAUUGCCGAAGAAAGCGUGAAUGUAGCUCUUAGUCACUUCCUAUUAAUUAUAUUUAGGUUUAUAAUAAAUAAUUAUAAUGUA